AUGUCAAAUUUUCAAAUUGAAAAUCAUAGGAUGGGUGGUCUUACAAUUUUGCAAUCAGCUAUAAUUGAUAAAUUAUUUGCAAAAAAUAUCUAUAAUGAAGAGAAUGUAUCUAAUAUAGAUAUGAUAACAGUUCAACAAUUUUGUACAAUUGAGUGUAAACGUAGCAUAUUUAUGACAAUUAAACAACAAUUUAGUGAUAAUGUAGCAGGAAGAAAAGUAGAGAAUUAUGAAUCUUCUCUUCAAGCUGUAUUUAGAGACAUAUUUUUAUUUAAUAAUCCAGCUUUUAAUUGUGAUGUAUAUUUAACUAAAGUAUCUGAUUAUCAAGAAUUACAACGAACAGAACCUGAAAAACAAGGAGCUUGGACAAUUACCUCCUUUGAACAAUUCCAAUUUAUGGCAAAAUAUAAUGAACUGACUCCAAUAUUAGUUAAUUAUUAUGACACUAUCCUUAACCAAUUGAUUAAAGAAGAGCCAGCAUAUCUAAAUCAAACCCUAUGA